AUGUCAAGCAGCGUUUUGACGGACCAUUAUAAAGUGUUAGGGGUAAGUCCUAAUGCCAGCUCCGGAGAAAUAAAGAAGGCGUUUCGAAAGCUGGCUUUAAAGUACCAUCCAGACAAAAACAAGACAAAGGAGGCUGAGGAGAGGUUUAAGGAGAUCAAUGACAGCUACAGGGUGCUUUCGAAUCCUGGCGAAAAGGCCAAAUAUGAUUCUUUAAGGCCAUACUCAGCAUUUGGAAAUAUGGGCACACGAUAUCCCACUUCGAAUGGAUAUUCAUCAUAUUCUGCAUAUUCAAAUGGAUAUGGGGCAGGCUAUAAUCCUGCUGGUGAUGAAUAUGCGAAAACAGCAGGCCGGCAAUACGAGCGAGCAAGAAAACAGUAUGAGGAGUUCAAAAAUAGACAAAGAGAGCAGCAAAAGGCACGGGAAGAGGCAGAAAGAGUGCGGCAGGCGAAAAUGGAAAAAGAUGCCUGGGAGAGGGUGUUCAACGAGAGAAGAAGGCGGCAAAAUAGUCGAUAUGGAGUGUUUACUGGCGAUGAUUGGGAUAGUUUCGGCAACCGGUUUCAUUACAGCUUUUUUGAUGAUUUUAUGAACCCAAUGGGCCGGAGUAGGCAGAAAAGGCCACCAAACUCGGAGCAAUGGCAGCAGGAUGCAAAGGAAAAUGAAAGAAAGGCAAAGGAGGAAAGUGAAAGAAGGGAAAACGAGAAAAGACGCCAGCAGGCAUUGGAUGAAAAGUUGAAAAAGAUGAAAGAGCAAAGGGAAAAGGAGCAGGAGAACCCAAAGCCGGAUCUGCAUAGCACAAAUGAUCACAACUGGAGCAAGUCGCACACUUCAUAUUCGUUUAAAGCCCACGAAAGGACAUACAUGGGGCAUGCACCGGAUAUUAAGGUGGAGCAUAAAGCGCAAGAAGAAGCAUCACAGGGCAAGAAUAAAAUAAAGGUGGAAGUGAGUUCAAGCGAUGGCAAACAGAACAGGCAAGAGGAUGUGUACGAAAACAGUUCAGCUUCUACAGAAAAUAACAGACAUUAUGAUGAGGAUCAUACUGAAGAUAAAAGAGCAAGUGGUGAUGAUAAUGAAAGCGAGGAGCCAGAUAUUGGAGACAGCGAGAGUGAAAUCGAUGAAGAUUUAGGUGCAUCUGGUGUUGAUGACAUGGAUGAGAAUGAGGAAGAUGAACAAACCCAAGAAACUGAAAAUCCGUUUGUUGCCCCACCUUUCGACAUGCAAAAUUCCAGGGCCGACUUGAACAAUGGAACCGAAACGGACCCGAUAGUUCUUGAUGGGGGUUCGGAGGAUGACCCAAUAGUUCUAGAAGAGUCUACAACUGAAACAAGUGGAGAAAGAUCAAAAGAGGUAACUGAUGAUGACGAAACGGGUAAGCAAACAAGGUCGCCAAGCCCGUCGAAGAGGCGCAAAAACAUGUAUAACAUCCUAAACAGAAAUAAGCCGAGAUUAUGGCACAAUCCACAUACAGAUAAUGAGUAUUUUGGCAACGGCAAAGAAAAAGAAGAAGCAAAUGGUGAAGACGGACCGAGGGAGUUUCCGGGUCGAUCGACGUCUCCCAAGAGACGACAUUUGAAUGAAGUCAAAACGCCGAAAGCGGGAAAUGUUCCGUUUUCGUUUACUGCAGAUAAGCAUCUUAAAAAGCAGGCGGAUGAGCGGAAGCAGUCUCCAUUUAAGUUUGAUGUCCGUAACGUGCCGCCGUUUACCGAAACAAACGGCAAUUUCAACAUGUCAUCUUUGGGUAAAGAGCUUGAUGAGGAGAUGAAGAAGCCAGGAAAGAGAAGAAGAGUAAAUAGUGGCAAUCGUGUUGUUGAAAACAUGGAAGAUGGCAUGAAUGAUGAAAGAGAUUACGUUGAUGGCCAGCCUAAGUUGAAGAAGAAGGCUACAGUAAACCUUGACUCAGCCGAAAUACCGAUUCAUGAACCAGUAAAUGGAUCAUUACCAAGAAGACAACCUGCUCCUCCUCUUUCAUCUAAAGAUCUUGGAUUUGAUCAGCCCGUUUUGCGGGAGAUUGACCUGCUCAGGCCAAAGAUACCUGUUGAUGGUACGUGGGAAUCUAAGCAGCAAACGCUCAACUAUAUUACACGUGUUGAAAAUUUUAACGCUGCAGUUUGUGCAUAUUUCGCCAAACGAGCACAAUUGAACCAAACUUACAUGGGGAGGAUCAUUUCUGAGCCACAAAGCAUGCAGGCAUACUUGAGGGGAUUGGAGGUUGAUAAUGAGUUGCGGAAAGGCUGGGGUUAUGUUGCAGAAUGCUGUAUGUCGGUAUGCAAGCAGGUGCUUAAAUAG